CUCAGGGGAAGUAGCCUAUGAAAUGUUCUUAUUGUUAAAAAUCAGCUUUUUUGUCCAUAUGCAUGGUUCUAACAAAGGGUUAACUAUCUGCUCGGUGAAGUGUAACAUUUAUGACACUUUGCAUUUGAAACUUGACUGGAUAUGUUGAGGCAUCUCUUUCAGCAGUUACCAACUUCCGUUUUUUUUCUGGGGAUGUCAGUAACAACCAUUAAAGUUUCCACUUUGUCUUUGUUACAUUCUGUUGCUGCCGUUAUUUGUUCAGCUACCAUAGGUAAUGUGUGUGUGUGGGGCGGAGAAGAUCCUUUUUGACAGAUGAGAUCAUUGAACACGUUUUCUGGAAGGACUUUUGGCGAGGCGUUGAACAAACAUAAUGAAGACAUGCAUGGCUGGAUCCAGAAAUUCUUGAAAUCAAGAGCAUCUGUAUCAGCGCAAUGUGAACAAGAAACAAAAGUGACAAACAAGUUAUUGUCUUCUGUCGGCAGCGUAACAACUUCACCUUCAUCUACAUCAUCAUGCUCUUCUUUGUCAUCUUCAUCAUCAUCAUCAUCACUGGGGACAUCCCGUUCAAAACCACAACAGCCACAGUCUGCUCUGAGCUCGCUGCUCAGAUGGAACCGAAAGUAUGACGUGCUUGUGUGCCACAGCUCCGUGGACAGUGACAUUGAAGAGGCUGUACGCCUGGUCUCUUUCCUGGAGGCUUCGCCUUGUAGUCUAAGGUGCUUUCUGUGGCAGAGGGACACCUGUCCAGGAGGUGCAAUGUCCACAGAGUUAUGCCAGGCUGUGCAAAACAGCCACUUAAGGGCUCUGCUUAUCACUCCUCACUUCCUGCAGGAUGAUUGGUGCAAGUAUAUGAUGCACCAGGCUCUGGCAGAAGGACCUAUGUCCAAUCGUAUUAUUCCCCUGGUUCAGAACCUGUCCCACUCUGAGUAUCCUCAGGAACUGAGGUUCUACUUCUACAUUGACCUGAGCAGAAACCCUGACCGAGGUUAUGCUCUCGUCAACAAGACUGUUCUCAAGUACCUGAAAGACCUGGUUAAAAAUGAGAAGACAUUUGAUUGCAGCAUGGACAGCCAUGGACUAGGUGGAGAAGGCAGCCCAAAAAAAGACAAGCUGAUGUCAGAGUAUUUCCCCACUGAGACUUCAGUACCGCUGGAAGAGAUAGAGAAGAGAGAUGAAAGCUUCAGUGUUGUUUCCUGUAAUCAUCAACAGUGAUCAAAGACAGCAAUAAAGGGCAAGUGGCUCUGAAUUAAAAACUGCUUCUAUUGAACCAACUCUCUCAACUUAAAUGACCCUUUUAUUGCAUCAUGUCGGUAUUUAAAGCAAAGUGAUGCAAGGGCUUUUCCUCUUUUUAUGUGCAUAACCCAAACUGGGUCUAAGCAUGUGUGAUGAAUAGGAAACAAGCAGCAGUGUGACCUAUAUCCUGUGUCCGAUCUAGAGAAGUAGCCUACAGUGUGUUAUGUCCUAGGUAAACAAUGAGCACAUAUCAUAAAAAUGUGUGGUUAUAGUCUGAGCUUGUUACACAUAAUUCAGUUCAAUUGCAGUCCAUAGUUAAUGUUUACGAUAUAGAGGACACUAAAACGCCAUAAAUGCAUUUGAUCCUCCUUUGAACAGAGUAAAAACUGAGAGAGUACUUUAAUGUGGAUGAUACUGUGGAUGAAAUGAUGAUAAUAGUGUGAUACAUAUAGUGUUUACCACUAGGUGGUGUAUUUUCCUCUUCUAUCCAAUCAAGAGGGCUUGUGAGGAGAUGCCAGUCACAGAUGUGUGAUCUCUCUAUAGUGUAAUGUUAUGUAAAAAAGAUUUUACCAUCAACAACAAUGAUAACAUACAGUGUCUUGUACAUGUAUGUGUGUGAAAUAGAGAGCGAGAGUACAAGGGACCCACCCAUGACAAACUGACAGUGGCAUGACCUUUUUGCUGAACUGGGACUUUAAGUAAUAACAGAGGAAGAGUGAGAGUACAAGGGACCCACCCAUGACAAACUGACAGUGACAUGACCUUUUUGCUGAACUGGGACUUUAAGUAAUAACAGAGGAAGUGUGAUUCCUUUUGAGAAAAUUCACAGUGUUUUACUUAUACUGUCUAUGAACUAUCUCUUAAACACAGCGAGAGCUCACAAGUAUGGCUCUGCUCUGCUGGUAUUAAUAUUUCAGUCACAAUAUAUUUCUGAGUGCUUUUAUCUCAGCUUUCGGAACAAAGUCUGAACAUGUUGAAGAAUUAUAGAACCACCCUUUCCUUCCUUCACCCAAACAAAAACAUUCAGUUCUCUGUUAGGUAUGAUUAGCCUUAAAUGCCCUUGGCAGCACCUUCUGUUGAUAAUCAAAUAUAUGGGCAGUGCUUCAUUUCAGAUUGUUGGCAUUUUAAUGUGUAUCAACUAUAAUGUGGAAUGUCAGGUGUUCAUUGAGUCAACUGGAGCAUGACAUUUGUGAUCCUGAUAUUUUUUUGAUGCAGACAAGGGCUGUUUUUUUAUUAUUAUUUCUUUACAUGAGACCCCAUCUGUCUACAUGUUCUCUUUUUUUGCUUUUUAUUAAUCUGUAUCAUCCUCCCAUUUCCCUUUCCCUAAACACCAACAGACAUUUAGCGCCACAAUAAAAGACCUUUGAUAAUCGCCUCCUUUGUGGCAAGCCAACAUAAUAACAUAUUUAGACUAAUCUCUGAAAGACACAGAUGUUCUAUGAGGCUUUUUCUGUUGCCAUAACAAAUCCUCUUCCAGAUGACACGACAAAACAGGAAACUAAAAUGGAAUUAAAAAAUCGCAAACCAAA